AUGAGGGUUGCCCUGUCCAGGGCACUGUCGGUGCUCGCCCCCCUGGCUGUUGUUCAAGCCAAAAACUCGUGUCUGGACCCCAACAGCUCCGACUACCGCUGCGGCGCGGCUAUCGUGGCCAAGGAGCAAUCGACGCUGAGUCUUGUUGGCUGUGGUCUUACAGACGAUGACUUUGAUGAUCUGGAAGUCUGCACAACUGUCGGGAGUCAACUCCAGGAUCCAUCAGUGGAACAACUGGACCUCUACAACAACACCCUGACCACGCUUCCGGGGGAGUUUUUUCAAUCUUCGACGUCAUGGACAUCCCUGAACUUCUCCUACAACAACCUGACUACACUCCCGGAAGAGGUAUUUCAACCAUUAACGGCCCUUACAAAUCUGAACCUCUGGAGCAAUCAGCUGACUACGCUUCCGGAAGGGAUUUUCCUAUCCUUGACGUCCCUGGAGCGGCUGUACAUCUUCGAGAACAAGCUGACAUCUCUUCCGGAAGGGAUUUUUGGAUCCUUGGCGUCCCUGACAAAUCUGAGCGUCGGAGCCAACGACCUGGCCACGCUUCCGGAAGACAUUUUCGAGUCUUUGACGUCCGUGACGCACCUGCACAUCCAAGACAACCCGCUGCUCACGCUUCCGGAGGGAAUAUUUCGAUCUUUGACGUCCCUGACGACUAUGAGCAUCUCGACCACCAGUCUCACCACGCUCCCUGAAGGGAUUUUCCAAUACUUGACGUCCCUUUCAACUCUCUGGAUCCGAGACAACGACAACCUGAAGACGCUUCCGGAAGGGAUUUUUCAAUCCUUGACGUCGCUGGCAAUUCUGAACCUCAGUACCAACAAACUGAUGGCGCUUCCGGAAAAGAUUUUUCAACAUUUGACGUCCCUGGAAUAUCUCUGGAUCCGAAACAACGACCUGACCACGCUUCCGGAGGGGAUUUUUCAAUCCUUGACGUCCCUGAUAGAAAUAGACGUCAAUGGAAACCCGAAUCUGGAGUGCCUGCCUCCAGCACCUGAACCAACGACUGAUGUUAUCGGAUACACUGGGGCAACAGGCGUGUGCGGGUGUGAACUCUCGGACGGAACAAGUCCAUGUGGCCAAGACCCGGCGUGCUCUCCUGGUCCCGAAGGGUACACGUGCGCCCAAACGUGCUCCAACGGACUUGCCGGUUACGAGAAUUCGGGCGCCUGUUGUUCAGUUGGCUGCGGCACAUGCGGCGGAGAAGGAUGUUCGCAGCUCGGCGAAGGUGCGGAGUCGUGCUGCACGUCCAACAUCAUUGCUGCCCGCGAACCUUGCAGCGAGAAAGGGGCAGCUCCGUGCAUCAUGGACACCGAUCAAACGUGUUCUAACGGGCUUGCCGGUUUCGAGAAUUCGGGCGCCUGUUGUUCAGUUGGCUGCGGCACAUGCGGCGGACAAGGAUGUUCGCAGCUCGGCGAAGGUGCGGCAUCGUGCUGCACGUCGAACAUCAUUUCUGCCGGCGAACCUUGCAGCGAGAAAGGGGCAGCCCCAUGCGUCGUGGACCCCGCUCAAACGUGCUCCAACGGGCUUGCCGGUUACGAGAGGUCGGGCGCCUGUUGUUCAGUUGGCUGUGGUAUGUGUGGCGGAGAAGGAUGCUCGCAGCUCGCCGAAGGUGCAGAGUCGUGCUGCACGUCCAACAUCAUAGCUGCCGGCGAACCUUGCAGCGAGAAAGGAGCAGCUCCAUGCGUCAUGGACCCGGAUUCGGGCAUGUGA